GAGUGGACGCGUCCGGCUGAAGAGGACAGGCGCAGACAGACAGGCAGAUGGACAGGCAGACAGACAGACAGACAGACAGACACACAGACGGGGUGUGAGGAUGCGCGCGGCCGGCAGCAGCUCGCACUGAUUGUCGGAGCAUCAGGAGGAGCGCGAGGAGGAGCAGAGCGGACACCAUGAGCUGCAGCUGGGGCACCGAGCUCUGGGAUCAGUUUGAUAACUUGGAAAAACACACCAGCUGGGGAAUCGACUUCCUGGAGAGAUACAGCAAGUUUAUAAAAGAGAGAGCUGACAUCGAGCUGAGCUACGCCAAACAGAUCAGGAGUCUGUCUAAGAAGUAUCACCCGAAGAGAAGCAGAGAGGAUGAGAGCAGGUACACGUGGUGUUUGGCGUUUGCAGCGACUCUCCAGCAGCUGAAUGAACUUGCGGUUCAGAGAGAAGAACUCGCUGAGAACCUGAACACACAGAUCGCAUGUGAGCUGACUCGAUACACACAGGAAGUGAAGACUGAGAGGAAGACGCAUUUCCAAGAUGGCCGCCGUGCCCAGCAGCACAUUGAGAGCUCGUGGAAACAGCUGGAGUCUAGCAAGCGUCGGUUUGAGCGUGACUGUAAGGAGGCGGAGCGAGCUCAACAAGUCUCCGACAGAAUCGACCUCGACAACAAGACGGACGGAGAGAAGCGCUGCUCACUGAAGGCUCGUCAGACGGCUCAACAGAAAAAACAAGCUGCUGAAGAGUCCCGGAAAGAAUAUGUGACCAGUUUAAACCAGUUUAACCAGGACCAGCACCAGCACUACCACACCCUGGUGCCAGUUAUAUACCAGCGAAUCCAGGACAUGGAGGAGCGGCGGAUUGAGAGAAUUUGUGAAGCGAUGCGUUCGUCAGCAGAGGCAGAGAGAAAAGUUCUUCCUGUUGUGAGUCGCUGUCUGGACGUCAUGAUGGAUGCUUCUGAGGGCAUCCAGCCCCGCAUGGACACCCAGCAGGUGGUGGAGGUGUAUAAGUCAGGCUUCGACCCUCCAGGUGACGUGGAGUUUGAGGACUACAGCGCCACCAUGAGGAGGAGCAUCUCUGAGUCCAGUUACCUCGACAACCGUACAGAGGGGCGGAGACACAGCAGGAAGCUGUGGCCAUUCAUACGCAAAAACAAGCUGUUGACCCUCCUCUCCUCCCCCCGCCAGCCUCCCCCUCCCCCCCCGACCUCCCCGUCACCUGGAGGUGUGGCCAACAGUCCCCAGUCCCCGCCCCCUGCCUCUAGAGAGCCAAUCACACAGCGGCUGAAUGAGCUGAUGAGCUCUGGCUCCAGAACCAGGAAGCAGUGUCUGCGCAGUCUCAAGAGAGGGCUGUCCCUCAAACUGGGCUCUGGUCCUGCAGACUGCAGUCAUCUUCCUCCUGAACAGAGAAGAAAGAAACUUCAAACCAGAAUCAACAAUAUCAACGAGGAGAUCCAGAGAGAGAGAGAGCAGAGAGAUGCUCUGUUGAAAAUGAGGGAGGUGUAUGAACGUAGUCCUCAGAUGGGCGACGCCGGCAGUCUGGAGCCUCGACUGGACGAAGUGAAACAGAGUCUGCAGAGACUGGACGAGGAGCUCAGGAGGAACCAGGCGUGGCUGUCAGAGGCCGACAGCAGACUCUCUGAUCACAGCAGUAGAAGACAAAGUGGAGGUUGUGGGUUAAAUUCCCAGGCGAUGACGCCAGGCAGCAGCAGCCUGAAACAGCUGGACAACCGCAGUCCAGCCAGCAGAGAGAGUCCUGACGGCAGCUACACUGAAGACCACAGUGCGGAGCUUCACUUUAAGUCUCGUAGUUCAGAGUUUGAUGAUGACUUUGAUGAUGAAGAACCGUUACCGAGUAUCGGCACCUGCAAGUCCCUCUACCCGUUCCAAGGUCAGAAUGAAGGCACGCUGUCGAUGGUGGAGGGGGAACUACUUUCUGUGGUGGAAGAGGAUAAAGGAGACGGUUGGACCAGAGUUCGGAGGAACCUGGAGGAGGAGGGAUACGUCCCCACCUCCUACAUCAAAGUCUUCCUGGACGCCAGCGCCAAAGGCUUUGUGCAGAGUAGUCGGCUAGUCUAGCACAGUAAUCGACCAGUGAGGACGUCUCGCCACAGGAAGUGAUGUAAUGGAAAGAGCUGUGAGGAAGUCCAGGGCCACGUUCAGCCCCGACAAAACGUAGCAACACGUUUAUUUAAACUGUAACGAGGGUUAACACCCUGCUGUGAGCUCUCUGCCUUUUUAUUACCACGAGUUUACAGACACGUCUCUGCUGAUUGGCUAUCAGCUGGGACACAGCCAAUAAACCAGAGACACGCCCACCAAACCAGAGAACACAGAACUCAGUGCCCGUUGCACAUGUUUCACACCGUUCAACCAGGAAACCGUAGCAACAUGGUGCUCACUGUUUAGAGAUUGAACGUUCCCCUGGAGCAGCUUCAUAGAGAGGGGAAGUCCCGCCCCUUCCUGUGUCCACCAUGGGACUUUAUUUCAGUAAAAACGUGUCCGGUAGUGAACGGGGAGAGACAGAUCAUCUUUAGAUCCUGUUUGAGUUGAGUCAUGAAUUACACACCUGAUGCUUGUCAGUUUAAAAGAUUAUUUAUCGGGUGAAAAAAGUUCCCCGUUCACUACCGGACACUUUUUAACUAAAUAUGGAAGGGAUUUCUAUUGGACAGUUUAACUCUUCACAUAUCUCGGCCAAUCAGAUGACAGACUGCUGUUGAUGGAGGAAAGAUGCUGGUGACAGAUAAAUCAAUCACAGAUCAGAUAUUAGACAGACCCAUUAGUCCAGCUCGUCUUUAUUUACUGUCGAUCCAAUUU